AAUCCCCAUAAAGCCCGUCCCUAGCGCCUCGGAAUCACCGGCGCACAUACAAAAAUAGCAUCACGCUUACCAAGAACCGGUCUAGAACGCCUCGCCAACAUGGGUCAAUACGAGCAGAAAAACCAAGCCCACCCCUGCAAGGAAAAGGGGCCCGUCCAAUUUAAAUAAACACUCACUCUUCCCCAAACUUUUUUUUCCCUUAUCCAUCUCUUGGCUCGUCACUCGCUUAUUCAUCACUUUCGUUAUACUUUAUUUCUAUCAAUAUGAAGCUUUUUGGAUCUAUUGGCGCUGUUGCAGCGGCCUUGAUGCUGCUUCCUGGUCAGGCUUUGGCUGGACAGUACAAGGGCUUCAGUAUGGGUGCCAACAGGGCUGAUGGCGCUUGCAAGUACACUGCGGAUUGGAAGAAGGAUUUUCAGACGAUCAAGAGCUGGAACAAGGGUUUCAACGCUGUGCGCCUUUACUCCGCCGAUGACUGCAACACACUGGUCAAGGCUGUCCCCGCCGCCAAGCAGACCGGCAUGAAGAUCCUUGUCGGCGUCUGGGCCACAGACGACGCUCACUUCGGCCGCGACAAGGCCGCUCUUCUCAAGGUGAUCAAGCAGUACGGCACCGACUGGAUCGCCGCUAUCUCCGUCGGCUCCGAGGACCUGUACCGCAAGGACAUCUCCCCCGACAAGCUCGCCCAGCAGAUCUACGACGUGCGCGGCAUGGUGCGCCAGUUCAACAAGAACCUCAAGGUCGGCCACACCGACACAUGGACCGCCUGGGUCGACGGGCGCAACGACGUUGUCACCAAGGCGUGCGACAUUGCCAUCACCAACGGGUUCCCUUACUGGCAGGGCGUUCCGAUCAAGGAGGCUCUGCAGAAGAAGACGUUCCAGAACUCGUACUGGAGUGUGCAGAAGCACGUCAAGGCUGUUAACAGCAAGGCUGCUGUUUGGGUUGGUGAGACGGGUUGGCCGACCAAAGGACCUAACUACCAGAAGGCUGCUGCUACUACGGCUAGUCUGCAGAGUUACUAUAACAAUGUUGGGUGCUGGUUGUGGCAGCAGAAGGAUGCUAGUGGGUUCUGGUUCACUGCUUUUGAUGCGCCGCUUGCUACUCCUGAGGUUGAGAAGUACUUUGGUAUUGCGAACAAGGACCGCAAGCUCAAGUUCACCCUCACUUGCUAGAUGGGGCGUAUCUGAUUUCGAGUAUAUUUUUGGACAUGAGAGGGAUCUGGCUGGGAAACAGGCGCUGGAGACUCAUAGCAUAUACAUUCAUUCAUAGACUAUUUCAUUCAAAAGCCAGCGGGGUAAAAAUAUAAUGGCAUUGUAAUUCACUGUCACUAUCUCACUCGUACCAUGCGUCUAUGAUCUCUGGACCUCAAGCCUUGAUGCCAAAGGGAGGGCCCAAGUAGCUCUUUGCUACACCUCCACAGUCAACCACGAUCUUCUCAAGCAACAUAUUCGCAUGUCCCAACCUGACAUGUAGCGUAUGCGCACCUGCUCCUAAGGUGACCUCAUGCUUCCGAACCCAAACGUUAUCCGAUGCAGCAAAGAACCAGCCAUCGGCCGACGCCCAUCCCUUGUCAGCAGCAUUCUUCUCACUCUCUGGAGUUCUCUUCUGCAGGGAAUAGCUCUGGCCUUGUUCCUCGUCGAUUCGGACGUCAUACGUCAGAAUAUCUUCUGAGGAGAGAUCCAGAGUCGUGCCGAAGUACAGUACCAACGUAGCGUUGGAAGUCUCGCUGAAGAGGUAAAAUGGGUACUGAAUGUAGGGAAUCGAAUCGGUGCUAUCGGUGCCUGGGGCGAGGGUCAAAGAGCCAGUUUCUAGUCUACCAGCGUCAGGCAGAAUUAUGUACGGAGUCUCGAGGUGACAAUCGGUAGCAGGGAUAGACACAAAACUGUCCUGCUCAACGAAACCCUUGAAAGAGUUUGGGACACGUCUGCCAUUGAGUAGCAGAUGGACCUGUUCAAAGUCUCCUUCCUGAGAUCGGACAUCGAUGAGUACCUCUUCGUUGAAGUCAUCAGAUACUUGAGCCCAAUCAACCGAGAUCUCAACCCUGGCAUCUUCUUCACCUGGUACCAAGACCCCCGAGAUCUUCGACAGUCUAAUCCAACUCUUCGGCGCUGAAGCAGUCCAAUGAAUCUUUGGCGCUCCACGAGUGAAGAUAUCAAAGUUUCUCACCUCAGGUCCAUACCGACUCAUAGGCCGCAAAGUCAGCCCAGGAACAAGAUCCCGUCUGCUUGGAUGCGUUCUCUCAGACUCUUCAUUAAUCCGACCUGGUCUCACACCCUCAUGCCCCUCAACAGCAACACCCAUCUGUCCAACAAUAGGAUUUGAGUUCUGACGUCUCUGAACAAAACAUAAUCCACCGAUCAUGUCGCGUGAAGGAGCAUGCCAUGUAUCUUCAUAGCCGUAGUGGGGCUGCAUGAGAAUAUGGUUCCACUUCCCGUCUAAAAGGCUGUGAUAUUCUUCUGAGAGAGUGAAAUCCUGGUCAAAUGCGUCUAGAGCGAUUUGAGUGUAUGUGUUUGCUGAGUUUCGUCUUUGACGAGCGUAUAGCUUGUUUAGCGCUUGACUCCAGCGCACUUUGUUGUAAAUGUACGAUGCUUUGGUAGGAUGAAGAAUAAGCUGGAAAGACGCUGCUUUUUCUGCUUUUGGAAAACGGGCAUGUACCUUUUCAGCAUCGUCAAGAAGCUCUCUCCAUCGACGAUACACGGUAUCGGCUUCUCUGUAAUGCAAAACGGAGAAAGUCUCAGGUUCGAUAUGCUCAUGCUUUCUUAAAGAUAGGAGUCGAUCAUGUCGAUGCCAGAUUGAUCCAACUUCAUCCGCGAGCUCAGCGCCAAACUCUCGUUCUGCAGCUUGACGGAAGAAAUGGGGGAGAGUAUCGCGUUUGAUGCUGUUGAUGUCCCAAGCUAGCGCCAUGGCGAAGGAUAUGGGAAUUUCUUGAGGUUUUAGGUCGCCGACGUUGAAGACCCAGAUUUGACGAGCGUUGUGAUGGUACGCUUGUUGCAAUUGGUGCCAGACUUUCCCCUUUGUACCCCAUUAGCAGUUUAUCUUGAGAGUGGGUUGAGACAUACAAGAGAGUUGGUGUUGAUCCACUUAUAACUUCGAGGAUCUCCCACGUAUUGAAGAUGGUAGUAUACCUAUGCGAUGGUCAGCGGACGUUGACAGUUCAAGAGAGGAACUUACACCAGCUCCGCCCUUCCUCUGAGCCUCUUCCUUUGUAGGAAGUCGACGGAUCGUGCCAAAGUUGUCAUCUUGGAACAGAAGCGUGACGUCAUCUGGGACAUUCAGCCGGCCUGUCUCAAACAUCGACUGAACCUCUUUAUAGAUGGCGAACAGCUCUGCCCGAAUUAGCCACUUCCCAACUUCAAGAGGAGCAAUACUCACGAGGUACACCAUCUUCACUCCCAUAAACCUUCUUAAUAACCUGCCUCUGCGUCUCAAUAGCAUCCUGCACCACAGCAGCUGGAUCCUCAGCCAACAUCUUCUUAUCAUACUCUCCUCUGAUACCCAGAGUAAAGUAUGAAUCACAGCCCUUAGCUCUACUAGCGCCGUGUUCAAAGAACUCGGUUAUUUUCUGCUUGUUGGUCAACCAAUUCCAGCUUCCGUCUGGAUUUUCAGCGAACCACUCGUUUGAGAGUCUUUGCAUUGGUUCGUGAUGGGAUGUUGAUAUGACGAUGCCGUAUUCAUCUGCAAGCUUUUGAUUGAGGGGAUCGUCUGUGAAGAAUGAUGCGCCGGGGUUGGGAUAGCCAGGCCACAUUGCUGGCCAGAGGAAAUUAGCCUGUAUGUCGUUAGUGAUGUUGCAGCUGAAUGGUUAGAUCAUUUACUUUGAGUCUGAGUAGAAGUUCAAAGACUUUGACGUAGAACUUGGAGUUGUAUCCUCCGAACUUCUCCCUCACCCAGCCUGUUAAAGCAGGUGCUUCAUCGUUGAGAAAGAUACCUCGAUGUCGUAC